AUGGGACUUCUCGAGCUUCCCGCUGAGUUGCUUAUCGCUAUUGGGGAUGAACUUCGACAAUCACGGACUGCCGUUGCGUUGGCUUCCACGAAUCGCGCUCUCGGCCGCAUUUUCCAACCUCUCGCAUACAAGCUCAACGUGCAGUUUGAAAGCAGCCGUGCAUUGCUCUGGGCGGCCUCUCAAAAUAGUCCACAUGUCAUGAGAGAAAUUUUGAGUUAUCCCGGGGCGAAUGUCAACACCCCCGAUGACAGACAUCGCACGCCAGUCUUCCACGCCAUUCGCAGAAACAACCUGGAAAUAUUGCAGAUCCUUCACACUAGCUCCAAAGUUGAUUACAAUUGGAAGGACGACAGAGGUCGGACACCGUUGAUAUACGCGCUCUCCAAAGGCCAGAUCUCAAUGGGAUCAUGCCUCUUGACGCUGCAUAGUCCGGAUUUGGCCAUUGAAGAUAAUAAAAUUCGAUCCGCUCUUUGGUACGCGGUCAAAUCUUGCAACAAGGCCAUGGUAAUGGAACUACUGCAAAGAGGGGGAGACAUGAAGCGAUCGGAUUACAAAGGCAUGCCACCACUGAAUUUGGCCAUCUACAAAAAUCACCUGCCAAUAGUCAUCGGGAUGCUGCAACUUGCUCGGAGGCCCCUAGGGUUAGAAUGGGUAGAUGAGUUUGCAUAUUGCAAGCCUCUAUUCUUGGCACUCCGCUUAGGACGGCUAGACAUCGCUCAGUCCUUACUGUCGCACGGGGCAGACCCAAAUGAGACCGAUAUCAACGGGGACACCGCAUUGCACGUCGCCAUAAGCAAACGACACGAAAAGGCUGUUGCUGUGAUGCUAGGUCAAGCGAGACUAGAGGUCACCGCAAUGAACAGAGCUGGAGAAACGGCUCUACAUGCAGCCGCUUACUAUAAAUACGAUGCAAUCUUCCUGCUUCUGCUAGCUGCGCCAGGUCAGAAUCAUGAAAUGAGAGAUAACUUGGGGCGUACAGCCUUGCACAUUGCAGCAGAGAUGGGUCACCGGUCGAUUGUCAGACAGUUGCUCGGGAUACCGAGUGUUGAUCUUAAUGGGAAUAAGAAUCCUACUCUUGUUGGAGGAUCACAUCGAUGUGAUGAUGACGGGGUGGAAAGACCCAGCACUCUGCAUCGCGCUGUGAAGCAAAGGGACAUUGCGAGUGCCAGUCUACUCCUGGAGGAGUCAAGACUGAACCCGAAUGUGUAUGAUGACAUGGGCUGGACGCCACUGCGUCAAGCCACAUACCACGGGGAUUUACAAAUGGUUGAUAGCCGGGCUGACGUGGAGGUCAACACGCCCAGGUGCCCGCCGCUGUUCUAUGCCGCGCAGCAGGGACAUUCAGCAAUCGUGGAACGUUUGAUUAAGAUUGAAGGCAUUGAUAUCGAUCUAGGAUUUCGUGGUUCAUCGCCCCUCCAGGCUGCUGCACGAUCGGGGCAUGGGAACAUCACCCGCAUGUUGCAAAGGAAGAAGCAAUCAAUGCAUUAA